AUGGCAGUCGCCCGUCAGAAGGCAGAUCUGAUUAGCCAGAAUUCAGGAACAACUGGAGCAGUUCCCCGGGCUGUGACAGAGCUCUUGGCUAAGAACAACCGAACUGGAGCAGUUUCUCGGGCUGUGACAGAGCUCUUGGCUGAAAAAAGCCCAACUGGAACAGUUCCCCGGGCUGUGACAGAGCUCUUGGCUGAGAACAACCCAGCUGAUGCAGUCCCCCGGACUGUCACAGAGCUCUUGGUUGAGAACAACCCAACUGGAGCAGUUCCCUGGGCUGUGACAGAGCUCUUAGCUGAGAUCAACCCAACUGGAACAGUUUCCCGGGCUGUGACAGAGCUCUUGGCUGAGGACAACCCAACUGGAGCAGUUCCCCGGGCUGUGACAGAGCUCUUGGUUGAGAACAACCCAACUGGAGCAGUUCCCUGGGCUGUGACAGAGCUCUUAGCUGAGAUCAACCCAACUGGAACAGUUUCCCGGGCUGUGACAGAGCUCUUAGCUGAGGACAACCCAACUGGAGCAGUCCCCCGGGCUGUCACAGAGCUCUUGGUUGAGAACAACCCAACUGGAGCAGUUCCCUGGGCUGUGACAGAGCUCUUAGCUGAGAUCAACCCAACUGGAACAGUUCCCCGGGCUGUGACAGAGCUCUUGGCUGAGAACAACCCAACUGGAGCAGUUCCCCGGGCUGUGACAGAGCUCUUUGCUGAGAACAAACCAACUGAAGCGGCUCCCCGGCUGCGACAGAGCUCUUGGCUGAGAUCAACCCAACUGGAGCACGGCUCCCCGGCUGCGACAGAGCUCUUGGUUGAGGACAACCCAACGGGAGCAGUUCCCCGGGCUGUGACAGAGCUCUUGGCUGAGAACAACCCAACUGGAGCAGUUCCCCGGGCUGCGACAGAGCUCUUGGCUGAGAGCAACCCAACUGGAGCAGUCCCCCGGACUUUGACAGAGCUUUUGGCUGAGGACAACCCAACUGGAGCAGUUCCCCGGGCUGCGACAGUGCUCUUGGCUGAGAACAACCCAACUGGAGCAGGGUCCCGGGCUAUGACAGAGCUCGUGGCUGAGAACAACGCAACAGGAGCAGUCAGCCAUGCAAUGGGAAGUGGGAGAACAGUGGCUGUCAAGGAUCAAGUGCACCCAGUCAAUGAAUUAUCAGGGGCGGGGGCUGCAGUGUCCCGGGCAGUGACAGAGCUCUUGGCUGAGAACAACCCAACUGGAGCAGUUCCCCGGGCUGUGACAGAGCUCUUGGCUGAAAAUAGCCAAGCUGGAACAGUUCCCUGGGCAGUGACUGAGCUCUUGGCUGAGAACAACCAAACUGGAGCAGUUUCCCGGGCAGUGACAGAGCUCUUGGCUGAGAACAACCCAACUGGAGCAGUUCCCCGGGCUGUGACAGAGCUCUUUGCUGAGAACAACCUAACUGGAGCAGUUCCCCGGCUGCGACAGAGCUCUUGGCUGAGAUCAACCAAACUGGAGCAGUUUCCCGGGCUCGGCUCCCCGGCUGCGACAGAGCUCUUGGUUGAGGACUACCCAACGGGAGCAGUUCCCCGGGCAGUGACAGAGCUCUUGGCUGAGAACAACCCAACUGAAACAAUUCCCCGGGCUGCGACAAAGCUCUUGGCUGAGAACAACCCAACUGGAGCAGUUCACCGGGCUGUGACAGGGCUCUUGGCUGAGAUCAACCAAACUGGAGCAGUUCCCCGGGCUGUGACAGAGCUCUUUGCUGAGAACAACCCAACGGGAGCAGUUCCCCGGGCUGUGACAGAGCUCUUGGCUGAGAACAACCCAACGGGAGCAGUUCCCCGGGCUGUGACAGAGCUCUUUGCUGAGGACUACCCAACGGGAGCAGUUCCCCGGGCAGUGACAGAGCUCUUGGCUGAGAACAACCCAACGGGAGCAGUUCCCCGGGCUGUGACAGAGCUCUUGGCUGAGAACAACCCAACUGGGGCAGUUCACCGGGCUGUGACAGGGCUCUUGGCUGAGAUCAACCAAACUGGAGCAGUUCCCCGGGCUGUGACAGAGCUCUUUGCUGAGAACAAACCAACUAAAGCGGCUCCCCGGCUGCGACAGAGCUCUUGGUUGAGGACAACCCAACUGGAGCAGUUCACCGGGCUGUGA